GUAAUUGAAACCAACCCUAAGUUCUUUUUACCUUCAUUCUAUAGGUAGCCCCGAUUAUUACUGACUUAAGCAUCAAAGUGUCUACCCCGAGUUCCACCUCGGGGCUUUGCAAGUCAAUCCGAAGUGCAGACGCAGACUGAAGAAGGACUUCUGGUUUGGUGCAAUUACAUUUUGCGCCGUCUGUGGGAAUCCGAACUGAAAGCUUUCUUGUUGCUCUCUCAUCAUGGUUAACACUCGAUCAGUCCGAGCUGGAAACUCAUCUCAGCCUCUUGGACGAGGUCAGGUCCCUAGCAACCUUCCACCUCACCUCCCACCUCCGAUCCCAAAUAUGUCCCCCCCUGUUGAUCAUGCAGAAGGAGGAGAUGAAAACCAACCUCACAACUCAGUUCACAACUCAGCUUCCACCGCCAACCAAGAUGUAGUUACAGCUCAGCUUGCUGCCAUGCAACAACAGUUUGGUGUCUUUCAACUAGUAUUCGCUCAACUCUUAGCUCGAAACAACCCUGGUCAAUCUCACAUAGCACCAGCUCAGCAACCCCUUCCUGAUGAUGUCACUCGACGUCUGGACAACUUAGAAAAACUGGUAGCUGAACAGCGGUGCCCCACCUCCACACCUGCUGACUCCAUACCACAUCCUCUGAACACCAACAUCACAUUGGAACCCUAUCCCGCUAGUUUUAAAAUACCUCAGCUUGAGACUUAUGAUGGGACGAAGGAUCCCGAUGAUCAUCUAUAUGCUUUCUACUCUUGUAUGCAAGCUCAGAACACCUCUAACGCGUUGAUGUGCAAAAUCUUUCCCUCUACUCUCCGAGGUAAUGCUCAAACCUGGUAUUACAACCUACCUCUAAGGUCAAUCAGCUCUUAUAUAGAAAUGGCAUCCGCUUUUGCCAUAAAGUUUUCCAGUAGAAGGUUGAUCAAGAAAACUACUUCUAAGCUGAUGCAAGUUAAACAGAGGGACGGAGAAUCUUUGAAGAAUUACAUGAGCAGAUUCAAUGAUGCAGUGUUGGAAGUUAGUUCCUUCGACCAGGCCGUGGGAAUUGCGGCUGUGAUCUUAGGUCUUAACCAUGAGAGAUUCAGAGAUAGUUUGCUCAAGCAUCCUGCCACCACUUUUAGCGAGGUGAAUGAUAGAUCUCUGAAAUUCAUAACUGUUGAGGAGUGGGUGGUAACACCUCACAACGACCCUUUGGUCAUCUUAGUAAUGAUCAACAACUGUCAAGUCCAGCGUGUACUUGUUGACACUAGCAGUGCACCUGACAUCAUGUACUAUCACUGUUUUGAGAGCCUAGGGCUCGACCCAGCUCUACCACAAUGUUACAAUGGUCCUAUAUAUGGCCUCAACAACCAACCAGUUCCAGUCGAAGGGGUCCUAACCAUGAAUGUUGCAUUUGGAAGUAACCAAACCUAUGUGACUCCUUCAGUUCGGUUUCUGGUGGUCAAGAUGCCUUCCUCUUUCAACGUUGUCAUUGGCCAACCCACAUUAAUAGAAAUCCGAGCUGUGGUCUCUCAAGCUAAUCUCUGCAUGAAAUUUCCAACCCCCAUGGGAAUUGCAACACUCAGACGUGAAGAUGUAGAGAAGGCAUGUCCAAAAGACUGUUACCCAAUGCCGAACAUUAACAAGCUAGUUGAGGCAGCUUCUGGAAACGAGAGAUUAAGUCUCUUGGAUGCAUACUCUAGCUACCACCAAGUCCCGAUGGCUCUUGAGGAUGAAGAGAAAACCUCGUUCUAUGCCGAAGACGAAAUCUAUUGCUAUGUGAUGAUGCCUUUCGGCUUAAAGAACGCAGCUGAAGAUCACUUAACUGACCUCGAGGAGACAUUCAACAAUCAUAGAAAGAACAGAAUGAGGUUGAAUCCAGCAAAAUGCAUCUUCGGUGUGGAGUCGGAAAAAUUUCUAGGCUUCAUGGUGUCCAGAAGAGGGAUAGAGGUUAACCCCGAGAAGGUCAAAGCAGUAGCCGAGAUGGAACCACCGGAGUCAGUAAAAGAUAUCAUGAGAUUAGCAGCCCAGAAGGAUGAAUCUAGCAAACAAAAGAAAUUUGAAUGGAAUUUAGAAUGCCAAGCUGCAUUUGACGAGUUGAAGUCUUAUUGUAGCUCACCCCCUCUGCUGACAAAGGCUAAUGAUGGAGAAAUUCUUUACUUGUACCUCGGUAUAUCAGAUGAAGCUAUUAGUUCCGUGCUAGUAAGAGAAGCAGGGAAGCAACAGAAGCCAGUCUAUUAUACUAGUAGUGUAUUACAUAGAGCUAAAAUCAGAUAUUCUAUUGCCAAAGAAGCAGCCUUAGCAGUUGUCACCUCGACUAGGAAGCUGAGACCAUAUUUCCAAUCACAUCCAAUCAUAGUCCUCAUGGACCAACCCCUCAAACAAAUUUUACAAAAGCCAGAAUGCUCAAGAAGAUUGAUCAAAUGGGCAGUUGAACUAGGACAAUUUGAGAUAACAUUUCAGCAAAUGUCAGCAAUCCAAGCUCAGGCUCUUGCAGAUUUCAUAGUAGAAUGCACCUCAGCUCACUCUGAUUCCCAGCCCGAGCUGGACAUUUAGAUUCUAUAUGCUGAUGGAGCAUCUAGUAACAAAGGUUCUAGCGCUAAUGCAAUCCUACUCGGCCCAAAUGGUUAUUGAAGUGAACAUGCUUUGAAAUUUAAUUUUGAUGCCACCAACAAUAUGGCUGAGUAAGAGGCUCUACUACUUGGCUUACAAUUUGCAAUAGAACUGAAGGUUACAG